CCCACGAGCUGGAGCACACUAUUGUCCUCCAUUGAUUGUUCUGUGCUCAAUAGAAAAAGUUUAGAAAUACCAAAACAAAACUAUGGGGCGAUUCAGCAAAAUGGUGUGGAUUGGCCGUUUUUCCAUAUUAUGUGCUUUACUACUGGUACAUCGUUUUGUGAACAUGAGUAUCCAUGCUGAAAUAUACGGUGACACCGAUACUGGUAGAAUGCUGAAAGAUCCACGAACUGAAGAGAAAUCGCACAAUAUGAGUUUUGCUGCCAAAGGAGAAGCAAAAUAUAGGAUCCUUUGCUGGAUAUUGACAGACCCAGAUGAUUUGGACAACAGAACGAUUCACGUCAAAAAUACUUGGACACAAAAAUGUGACAUUCGCUUAUUCAUGAGCUCCGCAGAAAACAAAACCUUCCCUACGAUUGGACUAAAUGUUAGCAGUGGCAGACAGCAUAUUGCAGCCAAGUCAAAAGCGGCUUGGACGUACAUUCACAACAAUUUUGCCGAGCAAGCAGAUUAUUUCAUGAAAGCUGAUCCAGAUACUUAUGUAAUCGUAGAAAACUUACGAAAGUACCUUUCUCAUCGCGAUCCCACAGUAGCGGAAUAUAUCGGCCAUUCUUUGAAAUUAAAACGGCACAACUUCACGUACAUGAGCGGAGGAUCGGGAAUUGUAAUUUCCAGAGAAGCUCUUCGACUUCUAGUUACAAAAGCUUUCCCACUACGACCCACCUGUAUUCCUGACGGUGAAGAUGAGGGCGAAGACUGGAAGACUGCUCAGUGCCUUUCCAAGGUUGGAGCUAAAGCUGUCAAUACCAGUGAUGGAUUUGGUAGAGAGAGGUUUUUACUUUAUAGACCGGAAAUACACAUCCUGGGCCUCUACCCGCCGUGGUUUUAUGAGAAAAAUCAGAACAUCGCUAAGCAGGGAAUAAACUGCUGUAGUGACUUUCCUAUAGCAUUCCACUACAUAAACCCCUUGGAGAUGUAUGUGUUCGACUAUCUUUUGAACCGUGUACAAGUCAUGAGGACGAACUAGGAUACGUGACGAUUAUUACAAAUGAAAAGUGCACGCCGUUUGUACGUUUGAAGAUUUCUUCUUUUGUUUCUUUAUUUUGGAUCAGUUUCUGAUAGUUUUUCUGUGGCCAUUUUAAUCGUUUGCUUUCUUGCGAACUUGGAGCGGCUUUUGUGGAAAUCACUUUUACCGUGUUUCUGUCGUGGUAAUUCAGACAAUAUUCCUUUUGUAACUAGAAAGGCACUCAGAGAGCGCGGAUUGACGUCAAGCACCCUGCCAUGGUGAAUUGCGGUAGUUGAGAAGACACCCAUUGUUCAAUGUCAAGGCAAUGAUGAGGGAACCUUUAAAAUUCUUAUAUCCAGUGAGUAAUGUGGAUCACUUCUCACCACCAUAUUCUAAUUACUUAGAAGCCCAUUUGUGGCAUAUCCAGUGAAUUCCAUCAAAAUCCAUGUAAACUUUAUCGAGUUAACCUGGUGACAAACAAACGACGCCAGAGGCGUUUGUCAAUUAUCCCAGUUUUGGGUCAAUAAAUCCUCGAGACGACCCCACCCAAAGUCAUUGCAAAAUACUGUCAAAGUGAAUACAACAGAAAAACAACCGAAAAAUCAUUCCGUCAGACGGCGGCAACAGACGACGGCUGCGACUUUAACACACCGCAAGGUUUUAUUUUCAACUAAUUGGACAGAGGCCCAGAUUUACGGGUGUUUAUUAGAUGGAGAAGUACAUGUAUUUUAGUUCCCCGUCGAAUUGUAAUUCCAAUAAGAAUGAGCCUUUGAACAUUGCAAGAGGCAUUAUAUGGCUUCAGGAGCAUCUGACUAGAUCAUUUCCAAAUUAUGCAUAAAGGUUUUGAUUGCGUUUUAAGUUUGGGGUACAUAGACGAAAGCUUGGUGAUGCUAAAACAAAGGUUUGCUGGAAAAGGGUGGUAUUGUUUACUGGAUAAUAUGCUUCAAAUUCUUACAUUAUGCAAAAAAGCAAACAAUUCAACCGUUUCUGUAAGUUUCAAGCAUAGAAUUUUUUGCCAUAUGAACACUUGAGCGGAAACUUUAGAAUUCUCUUCUUUGCCAAGUUAAGAUCAUGAUUUCUUUAAAGAAGUACAGUUUUAAUGUGAACUGCUGCAACAUUUUACAAGUCUGUCGUGUGACAUUCUUUUUAGU